CAUUAGGAGUGUCCCCUGGUGUCUUGGAUGGAGAUAUUGUUUGUUUGAUUGGUAGUAAAUGUUCUGAGGUGUCUUGUUGUGUCAAUGACCCUGAGACCAUGAGUGACUUCAAUGCCUACCUUAGUCUGGACCCCUGUGAAUUCACCUUACUGAUUGGAGUAGAGAAAUACAGUUUUGAGGUCUCUCUUCUAGACUUUGACUUUGAGAAGAGUUAUGAGCUGGACCUUGGUGGUAUAUACAGAGUGAGUUUCUCUGUAGACGAUUUGAUGAGCAGUGGAAUGUAUGUGGUCAACAUGACGGUCAGUAUCUGUUGGAGCAGUGGUCAAGAUUGUCAAUUUGUGACACAAGUGUUCCAGAAUACAUUGCUACCUAAACAUACAUGUACUACACAGACAGGUUUUGCUCAGUCGGGAUUUAGUUUAAACAUCUGGCUUAAUGAAACAGGAUAUACAGAUGCCACACCCUUGACAGGUGAUGCCCUAGAUGACCUUGAAGAAGUCCUUGACAUUGUCAAAUUCUAUGAACCUACUGGUUAUACUGUAGUUAAUGUCAGUAGUAAUGGCUGGAACAAUGAAUGUGAAUUGGGAAUGGAAGAGUUACCCGAUAUUUCUCCUGCAGCUAAUUGUACUCUCCAGCCACAUUGUACUGCCGUAGACUGUAGUGUGUUCUCACCGAGACUUGGCAGGAGUUUCCAUGCUGCUGUAGAAAUUGACCCCUGUCAUGCUCGUAUGAUGGUACAGAUAGAAAAAAUGAACUUUAAUGUCGGACUACUGGAAAAACAAUAUGGAGAUUUGUGGCAAGUUUGGCUGAGAGGGAUUGUUAGAAUGGACUUCACCAUAAAUAAUUUACCAAGUGAGAACCUGUACUUAUUGAACAUGAACUUGAGUGUAUGUUUCGAGUCGCCAGGAGUAUGUGAAGUUGGACCUGUCAACAUUUUUGUCAACACUUUAUUGCCGAAGAAAACUUGUGAUUUCUCCAGUGAUUUUGUUGUAACAGGAUUCUCCUUGGAGUCAAUGAUACAGACUUAUCAUUUAACUGAAGUGACCACACUACCUAGGUACUUUGUACAGCAGGUUUUGAAUACAGCAAGUGUGUCACAAUAUCUACUGGAGCAGUCUUGUAACAGACUGACUUCACCAUUUGGUACGACUUUCGAUGGAUGGAAGAAAGGUAAGGGCAAUAUAAUUUAGUGUAAGUGACCACACUUCCUAGGUACUUUGUACAGCAGGUUUUGAAUACAGCCAGUGUGGCACAAUAUCUACUGGAGCAGUCUUGUAACAGACUGACUUCACCAUUUGGUACGACUUUCGAUGGAUGGAAGAAAGGUAAGGGCAAUAUAAUUUAGUGUAAGUGACCACACUUCCUAGGUACUUUGUACAGCAGGUUUUGAA